CUUCUUGGAAUGUCUCGCACGCUCACCGGAUCAGCCUGUACUGCACCUCUCCCACCACCAUCCCGAGUCACACACCUGAACACCUGAACAGCCACCACACCACCACCACACCCCCACCACACCCCCACCACCAUGGGAGAGUGCCACCAGGACAAGUUUGACCCAAAGACCUACUUCAACUACUGCUAUCAGUUUGCUGCUGUCCCGGGCCAGAAAGACAACAGCCGCUUCGUCUCCUUCGUCCUCUGUCAGCUCAGCAAGACCUUCUCAACAGGGAAGUACAGGGGCCAGAGGCUGAUAGAGGUGGGUACAGGGCCAACCAUCCACACUUUGAUCAGUGCCUGUGAGUACUAUGAUGAGAUUGUGGUGUCGGACUACGUGGACAGCAACAGGAAGGAGAUUGAGAAGUGGCUGAAAGCAGAGGAGGGAUGCUUCGACUGGAACGCUCACCUCCAGUAUGUCUGUGAUCUGGAGAGGAAAAGAACCCCAGCGAUCAUCACAGACACUCUCCGUCAGAGGGUUAAACAGGUUCUAAAGUGCGACAUUUGCCUGGAGAACCCGUUCCACCCUGUCACGGUUCCACCGGCGGACUGCGUCCUUUCCUCGCUGUGCCUUGAAGCGGCGUGUAAGGACCGUGAGUCCUACCGCCGCUCGCUGUCCUCCAUGGUGGACCUACUGAGGUCUGGAGGGGUCCUGGUCCUGAUCGGGGACCUGGACGAGACCUUCUACACGGUGGGAGAGCAGAGGUUUGACUGUGUCAACCUGAGUGAGGAGUUCAUCACUGAGACGUUGUCAAAGCUGGGGCUGUCUGUGGAGGAGUUCACUCUGCAGCAGGCUGAGGACCGGGACAGCAACCACAAGUGUGACUACGCGGCUUCUUUCCAUCUCAUCGCCAUCAAACACUGAUCACCGCUUGUAUGUUUAUGUCAGAACUAUGAUCAGCGUUUUUGUUCUAUGUACUACACUGUGGUUGUGUUUUGGAAUGGAUUAAUAUAAUUAUUAUUAUUAUCUCUCAUUUCUUUCCAAACAUAAUUUAUCCGGGACAGGGAGAGAUAGAAACGGACACAUGCAACAUGUCAGGCAGGAACAUUCACUUUGCAUCCCAAAUGGAUUCUGGUCAAAACUAGUGCACUACAUUUAGGGAAUAGGCUGCCAUUUGGGACACAGAUUUAACUACCUGCCACACUCAGUCCCUAAUGUUCCUUUUCCUGUCAGACAUAAAUGUCUGGUAUACGACCACAGACGCCACUUUGAAUAAAACAAAUCAGGAGGGAUCAUGUGACGGUGGAGGGAACACUAUGAUUUAUUUCCCUCCUGCUAUUUGUGUUCUCCAGAUUAAAAAUAGCUCUCUUUGUUU